UUCUUCGGUGCUGCUCCCAAGUCCUCUACGCUCCAGAAAAUGGUUGUGUAAACAGAUGAUCGGUAAAACAGGAUUAGAUCAUUUUGUCAGUAUAACAUCCAGUAUCAAAAGCAUUAUUUGAUCUACGAGUAUCUGUGAUAUUGGAAUUGUCGGAGGUGUUUAUCGAGAACUAAACGAAACAUACGGGCUCUUCAGAGGAAGCUCAGCUAACACGUUAGCUUACAACUGCAAGCCACGAAAUCAGACGUGCUGGUUAUCCUUCUAUUUUAACGCAUACCGAUAUUUCAAACAUGAGUAAAUGUUAACAUACUUAGAGUUCAGCUCGUGUUUAAACUUAACUUAUACCUGUGUGCGUAAGCACGGUUAGCCUAAAUUGCUGGGUUGCCAAUGGAGAGGCAAGAGGCCUGAGUCAGAUCUGUUGGACACGUUUUAGUAUAAAACACUCUUGAUCAGCCUGACAUGUUUCUGUAGUCUCUCAGUAUACACUUCAGAUGAUCGCCAGAUGUGUCAGAAGCUUAGAAGAGUUUUUUGUUGUUUGUAAGGUCAUGACAUGGUAGCAGCAGAGGGAACUUUGUCCACCAUCAUCCUAUCAAUAUCGUGAUAUCAGAAGACCAGUCCUGUUUUUGAAGAAACAAGACAAUGUUUGCUAAUGUUGCGUGACUGCCCUACUCAUCUGGAUCUGCUCAAAUUGUUGUCCAUCUGACCUAAUCGAUUCCCUCCCACAUAAAGUUACUCCACACCGCGACCACCAUGUCGGACAACCAGGGGAAUCUAAACAACAACGUCCCGCUGAACAACAACAAUAACGGAGGGGCGAACCGGAUGAGGAACCCUCCAAUGAACCAGAACCCCCUGAUCAACGUGAGGGACAGACUCUUCCACGCUUUGUUUUUUAAGAUGGCAGUCACAUAUGCCAGGCUUUUCCCACCAUCCUUCAGACGGAUAUUUGAGUUCCUGGUCCUGUUAAAAGCGUUGUUUAUGCUUUUCAUCCUGGCAUACAUCCACAUCGCUUUCUCACGCUCACCUAUCAACUGCCUGGAGCACGUGCGGGAGAAAUGGCCCCGAGACGGCAUCCUCCGCGUGGAGAUCCAGCGCAACUCCAGCCGCGCGCCCAUUUUCCUGCAGUUCUAUGAGACGGAGGGAAUCCAGGGGCUGGUGAAAGAUCCGGAGGAGGAUGGAAGUGAAGGCACACAGCCGGUGGUUCAGACAGAUGCUGAGGAGGAGGAGGAGGAGAUGACCAUGGACAUGUUCGACAACAGCACAGUACGGUUUGAGCUGGACAUCGAGCCGCGUCUGAAUCCGUCGAUGAGCGGCGGUGUUCCGGCCUCCGGCUUGAACGAAUCGCAGGAUCUGUCUUUCGGCCAGGCCUCCUCUAAAGGUAUGCAGCCGCUGAGGGAGUCUGUCUCCGAGAUUGAGAUGCUAACUCGAGCAGUGUGGCCACAGGAAGAGUAUAUCGUGGAAUAUUCUCUGGAAUAUGGUUUUCUGCGGCUGUCUCAGGCCACACGGCAGCGACUUAACAUCCCCGUCAUGGUGGUGACCCUGGAUCCUAUGAAGGAUCAGUGCUUUGGAGAUGGUUUCAGUCGCUUCCUCUUGGAUGAAUGCUUGGGUUAUGACGACAUCCUGAUGUCCAGUGUGAAAGCUUUAGCAGAGAAUGAAGAAAACAAAGGGUUCCUGAGGAACGUAGUAUCUGGAGAACACUAUCGGUUUGUCAGUAUGUGGAUGGCCCGUACCUCCUACCUGGCAGCCUUUGUAAUCAUGGUCAUAUUUACGCUGUCCGUAUCGAUGCUGCUGCGGUACUCGCACCACCAGAUUUUUGUCUUUAUAGUUGAUCUUCUGCAGAUGCUGGAGAUGAAUAUGACCAUUGCCUUCCCCGCCGCUCCUCUCCUCACUGUCAUCCUGGCUCUCGUGGGAAUGGAAGCCAUCAUGUCUGAGUUUUUCAACGACACAACCACUGCCUUCUACAUUAUCCUCAUCGUUUGGUUAGCCGACCAGUACGAUGCCAUCUGCUGCCACACCAACACAAGCAAACGCCAUUGGCUCAGAUUCUUUUAUCUCUAUCACUUUGCCUUCUACGCCUAUCAUUAUCGAUUUAAUGGCCAGUACAGCAGUCUGGCUCUCGUCACGUCCUGGCUCUUCAUUCAGCACUCCAUGAUCUAUUUCUUCCACCAUUACGAGCUGCCGGCCAUUCUGCAGCAGAUCCGCAUCCAGGAGAUGCUGCUUCAGAACCAGCAGGUGGGUCAGGGCAACCAGACAGCCCUGCAGGACAAUCUCAACAACAACACUAGCAACGCCGCGCCCGCUGGACAAGCGCACAUGGCUGCCGAAGCUAACGGCCAGGACCGCCGACCCGCUCAGGACCAGCCUCAGGUCGAGACCCACAACGGUUUGCUAAACCCUGGCCCAUCCGUCGACCCAUCCAGCUCCGUCAGCGACCUCGACUGGAUAGCCGAGAUAGCCAUCGGCUCAGACGUUCUCUCCAUUUCACAGCUGAGCGGUUCACUUUUGGAACCUGGAGGGAUCCUGGAACCGGCAGCAUCUGGACCAGCGGCGUCAGGAACGGCUGUGACAGAGCUGCAAACGUCAAGCACAGCGAGAGAGAACCAGGAGGGGAACAUUAGUCCAGUCGGCCCUCCUGCGGUAGAUAUGACGGAGAAGAGUUGCGCUCAGGGUCUGGGACCCCCUGGUGGUGUCGGAGGGCAGACGGAGAUGAAAACAGACACUGCUCCCUCAGUGACCUCACAAACAGACUGCAAAGCAGCAGAUUCGUGCCCGAGCGUAGCGGACGAAAGCCCGACAGACCCCCAUUCCUCCCCCGCUUGAGAUACAAAUCGAUCCCUCGCAUUCAAAACCAAUGAGUCCAUGCCGUUUGCUCCACAGUCACCGACCCUCUCUGUAAAUUAACCAAAAGGCAUCAUGGGGAGAAGUUGUGAUGGAGCUUUAUGUAAUUACAUCCGCGAAACCUCCAACGCAAGCGCGUGGAUGCAGACUUCUGUCGUCUAGAGUAAAUCGCAUUGAAUAGUUGUUGAAACUGAUGACUUGGGGGUGUGAUCAUUCAGAGAGUCCUUACAUGUGAUUGAUUUUUUUUAAACAAAAAAAGACAUUUGUUUUUUAAUACAGGGAGUAUUCAGCUAACAAAUGUGAUGUAAUGGUACUUUUUGUGGCUCUCACAUACAGGUAUCAGCGGCACACAUGGGAGCCAUUUCUUGCUACCAGAAUCCACAUCAGGAUUGCUUUGGUUUUGUUUCAUUUCAGCAAUGAUAACAAUCACUCACUCCCUUAACGCUGCCUACUUCUGUUUAUUCAAAUGUUAGUCUUGGACACUAAGGCGAACCACCAAAUUGUGAAAUUUUGAUCCUGCUGUUGGUUUCAUUUGUUAUGUGUAUUGCGUUCGACUUGUGAGAUUACCUAUUGAUGCUCUAACAAUGACACUGGUAUGUCGGCGUAACCGGUAUCAACAUUAUUACACCCAGCACAUCCCCCCACACUGUCUAAUUGAAAACAUGGUCAUGUCCCUCGAAAAUCAUUCUAAUCCUCAUCGAGAGAAACCCUCUGUGGGUAUGUUCCUACAGACGUGUCGUCUUAAUUCAGGUCAAGCUGGGUUUGAGAAAGAGGCUGUUUGAAGAUUAUUGCCUUACGCUUCUAAAACUGAAUAUUAACCCAGUAUUUCCCUCUGAAGUACUCCGGGGUCGAUAGCCUUACUAGAAGCUUCGAAGACAGUCGCAAUGAGUAAAUGAGUUGUUUCAGGAUGGAUCGAUCAGAUUGGAUUUAAGCGGUGUGAAGGUCGGAUUAUAUUUGUGGUAUAGAUGCUAGGAAUUCAAUAUUGAAGCAUUGCAGCACAUCAAGGUCACCAUGAGUCUGUGUGUUCAUAUUUAGCUUUUGAGCUUUGGAAAUUUCCACAUGCAGUGUCAAAAUGUGUCUAUUUUAUUAGGAAGACCUGUGGCUGGCCAACUGUAGAACAGGUUUGUGGAUAUUCAUGUGUUAUGUGCAUCGCAGACCAGAAAAACAAAAUGGAGCUUGUUGUCGUCUCUCUUUAACAUGUGACUGGAUUGAAUAACAUUAUUGGGGGGGAGGUUCGAUUAAAUGGCUAUGCAACAAUAGGGCAGUGAAAUUGUGCAAUAUUUUGAGGAGAUCCAUCAAGGAUUUCAAGUCUGAAAGGUUUUAUGAUCAGUUCCUCUUAAUUCUUUUUCUGUGCCUAUGUUUGCCAUUGUGAGAAGCGGAUGAUUGUAGUGUUUAGAUUGUAAUUUGUCUUGACGGACGCCGAUAAAGAUUUUCAGUUCUGUGAUCCAGCUAGAUUUCGUCUCAUUCAAAUGUAUUUAACUGUAAUGUUUAAAGAGAAAUGCAUAAAGAAACAAAGUUAAUUUCCACUAA